GUCUCUUUUGAAGAACUCUCCUUUUGAGAGCCUGGUGCAAUUGUUUUGUCUGUUCUUUUACUGUUGACAUACUGCGUGUGAGAACACUUGCUCUGUCUCUCUCUGUCUCUCCCCGCAGCUUGUCUAGGAUCCAUGUACAGGGGAGGCUGAAGAUCUAGCCUGAAGCUCGGCAGUAGGGAAACGGAUCCAAUGAGGCACAGCUUCUAAUGAGUCAUGAGGUUCCUACCUACCAGGGUCCCUCCCCAUGUGGCAGCAACCAGCACCAUGGGCAUGCUGGGAACACCUCCCACCCAAGCCUUUGCCCUGGGUCCAGAGUCUGUGCCCUAUCCUGGUAGUCGCUGAGAACAACUGGAAGCCACACAUACCAGGUGUUCCUUGUUUUCCAGGUACUGAGGCCAUAAUCCAUAACUCUUAACUCCGGUAGCUCCUGAGAUCAAGGGGAAAGCGGGGUCAGAGUGGUAGUCUGAGAAGAAUCCGACACCAGAUUCUGUGGCCUACAGGUGACAUGCUGCCUAAAAGGAGCAGGGGCCUGUGACAGCCACCCCAACACCUGAAGCCAUGACCAGCGGGGAAGAUGAGCCAAGGUACUGUGUGGUGUGCGGGGACAGAGCCACGGGCUACCACUUCCAUGCCCUGACUUGUGAGGGCUGCAAGGGUUUCUUCAGGCGAACAGUCAACAAAAGCACUGCUCUCACCUGUCCCUUUGCGGGAAGCUGUAAGGUCAGCAAGGCCCAGAGGCGCCACUGCCCAGCCUGCAGGUUGCAGAAGUGCCUAGAUGCUGGCAUGAAGAAAGACAUGAUCCUAUCAGCAGGAGCCCUGGCAUUGCGGCGAGCGAGACAGGCCCAACGACGGGCACAGCAAGCAUCGAUGCAGCUGAGUAAGGAGCAGAAAGAGCUAGUCCAGACACUCCUGGGGGCCCACACCCGCCACGUGGGCCCCAUGUUUCACCAGUUUGUGCAGUUCAGGCCUCCAGCUCAUCUGUUCACCCAUCACCAGCGCUUGCCCACCCUGGUCCCUGCACUGGCGCUGCUCACACACUUUGCAGACGUCAAUACUUUCAUGGUACAGCAAAUCAUCAAGUUCACCAAGGAUCUCCCCCUCUUUCGGUCCCUGCCCAUGGAGGACCAGAUCUCCCUUCUCAAAGGAGCAGCUAUAGAAAUCUGUCAUAUAGCACUCAAUACCACUUUCUGUCUCCAAACACAAAACUUCCUCUGUGGGCCUCUUCGCUACACAAUAGAAGAUGCAGUGCAUGCGGGGUUUCAGGAAGAGUUUUUGGAGUUGCUCUUUGGCUUCCAUAGGACAUUGCGGCGACUACAGCUCCAGGAGCCCGAGUAUGUGCUCAUGGCUGCCAUGGCCCUCUUCUCUCCUGACCGGCCUGGGGUAACCCGGAGGGAGGAGAUUGAUCAGUUGCAAGAGGAGAUGGCACUGACUCUGCAGAGAUACAUCAAAGGCCAGCAGCCAAAUCCCCGGGACCGGUUUCUAUAUGCGAAGCUGCUGGGCCUGUUGGCUGAGCUCCGGAGCAUUAACAAUGCAUAUGGGUACCAAAUCCAGCACAUCCAGGGACUGUCCACCAUGAUGCCACUGCUCCAGGAGAUCUGCAGCUAAGGCCCAGUCCACCUCCUUUCCCAGCCCACCUGGACACAUUGGACUGGAAAGGGGAAAACGCUGGAACCAUAGGUUGGGGCCAGUAGAAAUGGAGCCCCCUGGUUGCAAUGAAAGAUUAAAGCAAUAACUGCCUCUUCA